UAUAAUUGGCAGCAGAUAUGAUUCCUCUGAGGCACAUUCAUUUGGGUCGGUGGUAGUAUUUCUGCCUGAAUAUCCAGGCUCCGAUAAUUGCACCUCAGGCCGACACGGAAAGGCGACAGCAAUCAUAAUUUCUCCUAAACACAGUCGUCGAUAAUGUUCAGCCUCCAUCAUGGCAGGCGAAUCGCUCAACAUCGAACUCCUGGCGAUUCCAGCUGUCUCUGCACUUAUAAUAUUUCUGUCCUAUACAUCCCAGCUCCUUUUUUUAUUUCUCGAGCCCGGAGCUCUCUCCACCAGUGAGACAUGGAAAUUCAACAUCCUUGUAGGCUGUAUCUGGAUCUGCUAUUAUCGCGCCUGCACUGUAGACCCAGGUCGUGUUCCAAAAGACUGGGAGCCAUCAAAAGAAAAUAAAUCGGCCCAAGACGACACUCUCAGAGAGGACGACAAUCAUGAUGCCUCGGUCAGGCAGCGGUGGUGUCGGAAAUGCUCCGCCCUAAAGCCGCCGAGAGCGCAUCACUGCAAGAAAUGUCAACGGUGUAUUCCAAAAAUGGAUCACCAUUGUCCCUGGACAUGCAACUGCGUAUCGAAUUUCACACUUCCACAUUUUGUACGCUUCUUGUUUUAUGCUGUGGUUUCUAUGACAUACCUCGAAUCUUUUAUUUUCAAAAGAAUUGGCGUUAUUUGGGGCCAGAGGACACUACCCAGCUACCUCGGUCCUAGCAUCCCAGCGCUAGCUCACUUGUUCAUUCUUGUAGUUGUCAACAGUUUGACACUAUUCUCUUUGGUUAUUCUAUUGAUUCGCACUAUUUGGUCUUUGGGCUCGAAUAUAACCACCAUUGAGUCAUGGGAAAUCGAACGCCACAAAACACUCCUACGCCGAGCACGUUACUUUGGCGGCUACCUCGACGGACCGGAUGGCGUGAAAGUCAGAAUCCAGAAACAAGAAUUCCCGUACGACAUCGGGAUACUGAGUAAUAUUAGGGACGGCAUGGGUGGGACUUGGAAUAUACUCAGCUGGUUUUGGCCUUUUGCGGCCACGCCUGGUAGAGAAUCGGGCUUGGAUUUUGAAGUCAACGGAUUUGAGGACCGCAAUCUCUCUUGGCCGCCUCCAGACCCAGACCGCAUACCGCGCAGGCCACGUGCACUACAUCCCGGAAUGGAUCCGUUCACAAUGCCACACUUUGAAUCGACAUCUGAUGAAAUCGAGGCUUUCAGAAAACGUCAAGAAGAAGACCUAACGCGACGAGGGCUCGCCGGUCCUGACGUUCGACGACGCAAGAAAUUCCAUGAAAGACAUGAACUUCGUCGUAAAAACGGUCAAACCAUCAUAGAAGAUGAUGAUGACGACGAAGAAGAGGGGGAGGAAGUAGAAAAAGUGUCCAACUCUGGCUCGUAUGAUCAUAUUGAUAUCGAUGAAGGCGAGGAAGCUUGGAGAGAUUCAGAGGGUCAACGACUAGGCGACUACGGAGUUGACGAGGAUAUCGAGUUUUAUGAUGAGGACGAUGUGCCAUUAUCGGUGGUUCGGGAGAGGAUAAAAGCUAGAGACUGAACGUGCAUUACAAGAAACAUAGAAGCGGGCAUGUCGAUGACACAUGCCCAAGGUAGCUAGAAAUUCAAGCAAAAGUCAUCGCAAGCACAGAUUUAUCGCAUUAUGUUUAAACAUCCACCAUUCCUUCAAUACAUACCAUACGGACAGUUUAUCAC